CCAAGAAAAUCCUUUAGGUAUUUAUUUUACAGCGCUGUCGUAUGCAUUUCACUAAUCUUCAUCUUAGGGUCCAGCCUUUCGGAGGCUUUUGCACCGUCGAAGUUGGUGAAGAUAAAACGCCAUUUCAUAUCCACAAAUCCAUGCUGAAGGAUCACUCCGAGUACUUCAAAUGAGCAUUGUCUGGGACAUGGGAAGAGGCCAAAACAGGUGUUGUGACUCUUGCGGAUGUGGAGAAGCUACCAUGUAAGUCCCGUCAUACUAUUUGGCGCAUGGUUGUUGCUAAUUGUUUAUUCCAUAGUCCACAUUUUCGUUCAAUGGCUUUACUCGAGUGAAAUUGAAGAUUAUUCACCAGAACACAUCAUGGAAGAACUCGAUUUUAAAGUCAUAAAUGAUAACCGAGAUAACGACAAAGCCAUGAACAAGUGGGAGGUUCUUUUGCUAAAGUGCAGCGUCCUCGCAGACCGCUUCAUGGCAUUUGAAUUCGUCCAAGCAGCCGAAGGCGGAUUUAUUGACUUCAUUCUGAAAAACGACAGAACACCUUGCCACGAGGCUAUUGUGUAUGCCUACGACAAUCUACCUCAAGAAGGCCGAUUGGUGCAAUUCAUCGUUGAGCGCGAGUGUCAGGACGGGAAAAUCCCUGAGAAUACGCCCGAGAAACAAAAGCUCUACUCAGAACUUCCGCAUGAGUUCUUGGUACAGGUAAUGAUAAGGUAUUCCAGAAAUGUUCGGAUCAUGGAAAGAGAGUGCCGCGGCGAUAUAACUUAUAAGUACUCCUACCAUAGGAAGAAAGAAGACAGAUUCCACCAAAGGCAGGUGAACGGCAUAGGCUCGGAAACUCCGAGCGAUGGCUCAAACCCCGUGGGUCGCUCCAGCCCCGUGGGUCGCUCCAGCCCCGUGGGUCGCUCCAGCCCCGUGAGUCGUUUCAGCUUUGGGUUGACAUGA